GGGAAACCCAAGAACGAUGGUGCAAAAAAUGCUCAAUGCCGAUGCAAAUCUUUGGCGUUGGCCGUACGAUUUGGCUCUAUAAAAGGGGGCAUGGAGCUGAGACACUGAAGUAAGGCAAGCAGGACAAGGCAAGCACCAGGCAGAGCAAGCAGCUUAAGCCACAGCGAGCCAUAUAUAUGGAGUGUGCCCAGUGCGGUGCAUGGUUCACCGUCCCGCGGGGCGCGAGCAGCGUCCAGUGCGCGCACUGCCACGGGGUUACGCGUGUCGAACGUCGCGGCGCCACCGGCUUCGUCAGGGGCGUGUUCCCCAACAUAGGCUGGGGCGGCCGCACGAGGCCGCAGCCACCGGCGGCGGCGCCGCCCAGACUGUCCGUCUACCCGCCGGUUCACGGUAAUAAGCGUGCCCUGUUGGUGGGCAUCAACUACGCCGGAAGGGAGGACGAGCUGCCCGGCCCCAACAACGACGUCAAGUGCAUGAGCUUCCUGCUCAACCUCAAGUACGGUUUCCCAAACGACUGCAUCCUCAUCCUCACCGAUGAGGAGCGCGACCCGCACAGGAAGCCAACAAGGUCCAACAUCCUGCUGGCGAUGCGAUGGCUGGUGCACGGCUGCAGCUCCGGGGACUCCCUCGUGUUCCACUUCUCCGGCCACGGCACGCAGGCGGAAGACCAAGACGGCGACGAGCUGGACGGCCAGGAUGAGGCCAUCUGCGCGCUCGACGGGAUCAUCCUGGACGACGAGAUCAACGAGGCCAUCGUCCGCCCGCUCCUGCCCGGCGUCAAGCUCCACGCCAUCAUCGACGCCUGCCGCAGCGGCACCGUCCUCGAUCUCCCCAACCUUUGCGACAUAAAAAAAAACGGGAAACCCCAGUGGAAGGAUCACAGUCCUCCCACGGGGGCCUGGAAGAAGACGAGCGGCGGUCACGCGAUCCUGAUCAGUGGCUGCAGGGACGAUGAAGAUUCCAACGAUGGUUACGGCGACGAUGAGUCGAUGGUCAUGGGAGCACUGACGUACAGCUUCGUGGUGGCGGCGUGGUUCGCGCAUCGCCCGCCCACGUACGGCCAGCUGCUUGCCACGACCAAGGCAAUCAUCGCUGACGUCAACGGGGACAGCCGGAUAAACUCCAAGCUCCCCGCGCCCAUCUGCGCGCUUGUCCGCAAGGUCGUCAACUUUAACAACGUGCAGAUGCCUCUGCUGUCUUCUUCAGAGAAGUUCGACAUCAACCGGAAGACAUUUGUGCUAUAAAUUAACCAUGCGCGCGCUUCUAGAGCCUACUGCAGCAAUGCCAGCUUAAUGCUCGUUGAAUAAUUUCCAUCUUGUUAGACUUUUCAACAAGGUGACCGGUGUGCAAAUAAAACUAGGCGUCGCAGGACUAGUUCCUUGUCGUAGGCCUACUUACAGGGCUGCUACCCAACAACAAACACUCGUAGCAUAUACCCUGGAAUGUAACCUACUCUUUCAAAAUCGUGUUCUAAUUUGGAGUUUACUUUGAAUAAUUUCUAUA